AAGAGGAGCGCGCCAGCCGCCCCAAGGAGAACCUCCAGCCGCGUGAAUGACCCACUGGCAGCAUGCGCUCCUGGCCCAACCGAACUGACUGUCUCUCUCCCGUUAACUGCAGCUGGGAGGAUAACUACUGGAACUACUACUUUAACGGGAGCUACCGGGGUCCCGUGCCCCCCGAAAACCUAUUCCCCAUCCCCGUUCUAAUGGGAAUCACCAUAACCUGUACUCUCCUGUUCCUAGCGGGAGUGGCCGGGAAUGUAAUGACUAUACUGGUCGUGUCUAAGUACAGAGACAUGAGAACAACCACUAACCUCUACUUAUGUAGCAUGGCUGUCUCAGACUUGUUGAUUUUCCUCUGUAUGCCCCCUGAUGUGUAUCGGUUAUGGAAGUACAGGCCAUGGAUAUUUGGAGAUACAUUCUGUAAACUGUUUCAGUUCGUUAGUGAGUGCUGCACUUAUUCAACGAUUUUGAAUAUAACCGCUCUGUCCGUGGAGCGGUACCUGGCCAUCUGCUUCCCACUUCGCGCCAAACGCCUGGUCACCAAGCGACGCGUCCGUGCGCUCAUCCUCUUUCUCUGGCUCGUGUCGCUGUUGAGCGCGGGACCUGUCUUCGUUCUGGUGGGAGUGGAGCACGAGACUCGCCCAGCGGCGGGAAACUCUGUGACUGCUGGUGGGGCGGAAGGACAGACAGAGAUAGACACUAGCGAGUGUAAACCCACCCAGUACGCGGUUGAGUCUGGGCUUCUAGCCGCCAUGGCGUUGGUUAGCUCUGUGUUUUUCUUCCUGCCGGUGUUUUGUUUGACUGUGGUGUACAGUUUGAUUGGACGAAGGUUGUGGAAGAGACGGAGAGAGAACAAUAUUGGAGCUAACGUAGCACACAGGGACAAGAGCAACAGACAGACCGUCAAGAUGUUAGCUGUAGUGGUCUUUGCCUUCGUCCUAUGCUGGCUGCCUUUCCACUUGCAUCGUUACCUUAUGUCCCAUUCCUCCGAGGGCUCCUCUCCUCUCUGGUCUCUCUUCACCCAGUACUGCUCCCUUGUUUCCACUGUCCUCUUCUAUCUCUCGGCUGCCAUCAACCCUGUCCUCUAUAACACCAUGUCUAGGAAGUACCGGUCAGCUGCUGCCCAACUGUUUGGUCUACAGGAGACUCAACCACCCAGAGGGAGAACAGCAAGCACUGUCAAAGGAGAGAGUUCACCUGCCUGGACAGAGUCCACUGUUAGCCUGUGACUGUAGCCAAUUUGGAGGGUGAAUGGGCGCUAGAUAUAUACUUCUCUGAUUUUGAUAUGUAGUUGUUGUGAUCAACGUCUUCUUGUGUGUUUUUCAUCAGUGACCACUGCUUUCCCUGGUUGAUCAAACUCAAACAGGCACCAUUAUGGACCAUCAAGUCUUUAAUCCAAGAGAGCACCGGCUUACGCAUAACGUCCAUGAACGUUGAUUAUUGAUUGAAAUUUGAUCAGUCCGCCCUGGCCUUGCGUUGAACAUAUUAAUUAUAUUAGCCUCAAGGACUCUGAACGAGACUGUUGCUUUGAUGUCACAACCCGCCCGGCAAAGGCGUUUGAGAAGAUGUUUUAUAAAAUAUUCAUAAAACAAGGCGUUUCUGUCACCCAAAAAGAAGCACACCAUUAGCAUCAAAAACUAUUAAACCGCUUUUGAAAUGGACACCUAUGUAUUUUCUACAAAUCACACAUGCAACACACACGAGCACACACACAAACCGAAAGAGUUAUAACACUUGCCUUAAUUAAUAUGUGAACUGUAUUCUGGAUGACAAAGAAAAGCACUGUAGACCGUGAUGCACUUCUCUGUACCCUGAAACAGAGGGACUGAAGUGCUGUGUGUGUGUUUGCUUAUGUUGAGUGACUGGGUGUGUUGGGGUGGUGUGUUUAUGGUGAGUGACGGCGUGUGUUGGGGUGUGUGUGUUUAUGGUGAGUGACUGUGUGUGUUGAUGUGUGUGUCUGUGUGUGUAGAUAUAGGUAACAGUGUUUUGCUAUGAUAGCAUGUACAGUAGGCUAAUUAUACCGCCAGCCUUACUCUGUAAAUAGCAGCUUAGUAACAGUUCAAUCUGAUUGGUAUUGGUCUUGGCUUAUCCUAUAAGUACUUACAAAGCAGCCACUGCCUUGGACUUCCGGAAUUCGGAUUUGGCAACCUGGUCUCAGAGCAUUUCGUAUUAUUCUGUACAUAAAUCCGAGACACUCCAUUUAGUAUAAUAUGUUACGUUUCAUAUGGUAUGUAUUAAUUUGUGGAUGUCCAUCAUACAUUUCAUAUGAUAUGUUAUGAACUAGAAUUCGUAUUAUAUGUUACAAUUUGCUAAAUGUGCAAUAUGUUACGAAUUUGCAAAACGUAUAAUACAUAACAAAUUGUAGCUAGGGGGCUAACAUUAGCAGGGCAAGGGGUUAAGGUCAGGGUUACAUUUAGGAGUUAGGUUAAAGGGUUAAGUUUAGGGGAAGGGUUAGCUAAAAGGGGUAAGGUUAGAGGAAAGGUAAAGGUUAGGCUUAGGAGAAGGGUUAGCUAAAAUGCUAAGUAGUUGCAUAGUACCUAAAAAGUACUAAGUAGUUGAAAAGUUGCUAAUAUGCUAAAGUUGUCCAUCAUGAGAUUUGAACUCGCAACCUUUGGGUUACUAGACAUCUGCAUUAUACACCUACCCAUCCACCUACAGUGCAUUUGGAAAGUAUUCAGACCCCUUGACCUUUUCCACAUUUUGUUACAUUACCACCUUAUUCUAAAAUGUAUGAAAUAUUUUUUUCCCCCAUCAUCAAUCUACACACAAUACCCCCAUAAUGACAAAUCAAAAGCAGGUUUUUAGACAUUUUUGAUAAUUUAUUACAAAUGAAAAACUUAAAUAUUGCAUUUCCAUAAGUUUUCAGACCCUUUACUCAGUACUUUGUUGAAGCACCUUUGUCAGUGAUUGAAGUCUUCUUGGGUAUGACGCUACAAGCUUGGCACACCUGUAUUUGGGGAGUUUCACCAAUUUUGUUCUGCAGGUUGGAUGGGGAGCGUCGCUACACAGCUAUUUUCAGGUUUCUCCAGGGAUAUUCGAUCUGGUUCAAGUCCGGGCUCUGGCUGGGCCACUCAAGGACAUUCAGAGACUUGUCCUGAAGCCACUCCUGCGUUGUCUUGGCUGUGUACUUAGGGUUGUUAUCCUGUUGGAAGGUGAACCGUCACCCCAGUUUGAGGUCCUGAGUGCUCUGGAGCAGGUUUUCAUCAAGGAUCUCUCUAUACUUUGCUCCGUUCAUCUUUCCCUCGAUCCUGACUAGUCUCCCAGUCCCUGCCGCUGAAAAACAUUCCCACAGCAUGCUGCCACCACCAUGCUUCACCGUAGGGAUGGUGCCAGGUUUCCUCCAGACGUGAUGCUUGGCAUUCAGGCCAAAGAGUUCAAUCUUGGUUUCAUCAGACCAGAGAAUCUUGUCCUUUAGGUGCCUUUUGGCAAACUCCAAGCGGGCUGUCAUGUGCCUUUUACUGAGGAGUGACUUCCGCCUGGUCACUCUACCACAAAGGCCUGAUUGGUGGAGUGCCGCAUAGAUGGUGUUCCUUCUGGAAGUUUCUCCCAUCUCGACAGAGGAACUCUGGAGCUCAGUCAGAGUGACCAUCGGGCUCUUGGUCACCUCCCUGACCAAGGCCCUUCUAUUAAGAGUCUUAAUGGUUCCAAACUUAUUCCAUUUAAGAAUGAUUGAGGCCAAUGUUUGUGGGGACCUUCAAUGCUGCAGAAAUGUAAUAAAAAAACAUUUAAUAAAUCCAUUUUAGAAUAAGGCUGUAAAGCAUUUUUUUGGGGGGGGAGAAGUCAAGGGAACUGAAUAUUUUCUGAAUGAAAUGUAUUAUAUUUUUGUCUUGAGUAACCAUAAAAAACAACAUAUCAUAAUAAUUUGAGUGUCCCAGAUUUUUAUUUAUAAUGUUACGUCUAGUCUAUGAGACCAGGCUGGAUAUGGAUAUAAAGACGACAAGUAAGGACUACAGAAACAAUCCGCAAAUAUGAAAUACAAACAUUGCCUGGAAAAAUACUUAAAACGUGGAAUUGUAACUACAGACAUGGCACUUCAGCCCAAAUUAAUGUAACGCUUAACUAUGUAUCCAUGUUUGUACCGCUAUAAUAAUCUGUACUAUGCCUGUACAAACUAUAAGAAGAAAACACUGUAUGUAUUUUAAUAUUGAUCCAUAUCAUCAGGUUGCCAACUUGGUCUGAACUCAUUCCGGGAGAUAAAAAUUAUUCAACAUUG